AUGGCGGACACAUCUGCACUCUGCGUAGCGCAACCAUUCAAGGAGUGUGUGUACCAAAGGUUCGUAGUGCCGUCUCUAAUCAGUCAUGACCGAGACCCGCGCUUUAUGAGCGAGGUCUUCCAAGCCUUUGCUGAGAUGAUGCAGAGCUACGUUGAGCUAUCGGCGCUAGCUAACGGCCUGCAAGAACGAUCGGCCAACACGGCGGUGCAAUUAGUGCAAGUGCAGCAGGAAGUGGUGCUGGAAAUGUCAAAGGAGUGCCAAGCAGUCGAGAAGGCUAGGCGAGCUCAGAAGCACGACGAGGCAUUGCGUCGAGGAGAACGCGCUGCGCUAUCAGCCUCCGCGGCUGAUGAAACUUCGGAGGAUGGACCAACAGAUGAGAGCAUUGGAUCAUGGUGGCAUGACCCAUUCCGUAUCAAGACGAAGGUUGAUAAGAACGCGUAUGAACUAGAAUCGCCCGACAAGGGUGGUUAUCGGCUCUAUCCGGUAGCGCCCUUGUCUCGACUGAAGGCAGUGAAAGAGUUGGCGACCGACCGGGACACCGAGGUGACCGAAGAGACGCGACUAGACUUCGAUGAGGAGCUGUCCCCGGGGGAUAGUUGGGAACCUGACCACCUGACGGGUGAGUAUGAGGUUGAAGCUAUCCUGCAAGACCGAAUUCCCUCUUGA